AUGUCCCCUGAUAAGACUCCACGUUCUUUCGCCAUUCGCUCGACAACACAACCACAUUCCGUCAUGACUCCAGACCUCGCCACAUCUCCUUCCAAGCGCCCGGUUUCCCCGGCGCCGCAGUCGCAGACGAGUCGGCGAUCGCGAGCAGCGGAGCGGCGAUUCAUAGCGGUGAUGGCCGUGGGGCUCAUGAUCGCCAUGAGUUCCUCCGCAUUCGCCGCCGCAGUCGACACAUUCCCUCAAUGGGGCCCUAACAUCAUCUCUCGAGCCGCGCACUUAAUCUCCGACCAGUCUCCAGUCUCGGAUCUCAUUUUCCGAACCAGUCGCGAUUUCUUCGGUAUAAGCACCGUCCGACUGGACGAAUCCCUAAUAGACAGAGUGCUCGUCUCAUCCAGCAGCAGUCCCGCCGGAAACUUCUACGUCGCGUUGUCGGCAUUGCUCAGCGCUUCGGGGAUCUGCUGCGCGGCCGUUUUGACUCACGGCCUCGGCGGGCGAAUGAAGUACCGCCACCUGGCAUGGAUGUUCUUCCAGCCGUUCGUGGGCGGCGUGCGGUUCAUCUUAAUGCAGGCCAUGGCGUGGACGCUCUUCGCCUUCUCCCUCCUCGUCUUCUCCAGCGUCGCGUGCGUCGCCGCAUUCAUCGGCCGCGCCUUGCUCGGGCAAGGCCUGCUAGCUUCCGCCGGCGUUACCGGCCUCGCGUCGGAGUUCCUUUUAAUCGCUUCCUUGCUUAUCUUCGAGUCCCCCAGCGAAUGCUCGCCGAGUAACGACGUCCCGUUGCCGCCCACCCAACGGCAUUCACCCAGUAAGAGUCCGACGAAGCCGAUCCAAGCGACUCGCGAGUCGCCUGGAAGGACAGCGCAGGAGGCGACGAUAACAGCAGCUGAUUCAGAAACCGUCGCGCGGGUAUUACUCCGUAAACAGGUGGAGGAGCCAGAUGAGACUGCCGUAGCAGCGCGCGGAAAAGAAAGCACAGCGGGGAAGGCGGGGAAGCAGGGGGGCGUAGGCGAGAACGCGGAGAAGGGCGAGAUGCGCGUGGUGUGCCCCGCGCCAUGGACGGAGCGCCAGCUCGCCAUCGCCACGCGCAGGCCCGCGGAGAUGCUGUCGCUGCUGUUGGCGGGCGCACUGGGGAAGGCGGGAAAAUGCGCGGAGGGGUUUCUAGGCGCGGGAGAUGGUGCAGCGGCGGAGGAGGAGAAGAGAGGCACGAAUAGGCUGCAACCCACAGCCGAUGGGGAGAAUGAUGAGCGAAGCAGCAGCGAGACCGCGUCGGACGCGGAUGGCGUUCCGGAAUCCAUGCCGUUACUCGCGGCGGAGGAGAACGAGGAGAGUAAGGACGGGGAGAGGAUACAGCUGGAUGCGCCGUUGACGGCGUGGGAGGUGCUGUGGUGGUGCUGGGUGAAGACGCGAUCCUUCUGCUCCGUGUGUUUCCUGUACGCGGUACAGCACGCGCUCGCUUUCGCCAUCUGCAUGCCCGCCGUGUGCUGCGAGCUGCGCACAGCGGCGGCCAUAUACGCAGGCGUGCUGGCGGCAUUCGUGUACUGCAACACGUGCGGGAACGACCGCGAGAGGAACGGCAAGAGCCACUGGCUCUGGCUGCAACCAUACUGCAUGUGGCUGUUGGAGGAGUGUUCAGCGGCCUACUUCAACACUGUGCGCAUCGUGCGCGAGGGCCACGCGUCGCUCUAUCCCGCCUCGCAGCGAUACAUCUUCACCUACCAUCCGCACGGGCUACUCCCAGCGAUAAUGGCGUGGUUCUUCCGCACGUCCGCGUGGGAAUCGCUGCUGCCAGGCAUCCACCCCGUGGCGCUCGUGGCGUCCGUGCUGUUCCGCGUGCCGCUGCUGCGCCAGCUCGCCCUCUGGGGCGGCCUGCGCGAGGUCUCCCGCCACGGCUUCGCCGCCGCCAUUCAAGACCAGCAGGCCGCCAUCUUAUGCCCCGGCGGACAGUCGGAGCUGUCAUACCACACGGCGAGCAGUGAGCGCGUGGUGGUGCUGUGUGCGCGCAAGGUGGGCUUUGUGCGCAUGGCGCUCGAGACGCGCUCGCUGCUCGUGCCCGUCUUCUGCUUCGGCGAGGCCGCCCUCUUCGACAACCUAUUUGACAUGCCCUCGCUGCAGCGCUUCACGUACCGGCGCUUUGGCUUCCCCAUCCCAUUCCUCCCCAUCGGCCUCUUUGGUCUGCUGCCUCUCCCCCGCACCUCACCCGUCACGCUCGUCGUGGGCCGCCCCUUUGACCCCUCGUCCUUGCUGCCGGCACCUCUACAACCCGGCGAGCUGUGCUCUGUUUCAGCGGAGCAGCUGUGUGGCAUCCGCGACCGGUACUACCAGGAGGUGCAUGCGCUGUUUGAGCGCCACAAGGCACGCUGGGGCAUGGCUCACGUGCAGCUGGAGCUACGGCGGUAG